GCAACAUGAGGCUAUUAUAUCAUGUGUGAAUUUGGGGCCCCAUUUGGCCCUAUGUGUGAAGGCCCCCCACACCUAUAUAACCCACUGACCCACUCCCACACACAUUCAGACACAGAGACACACAGCGACCAGGUGAGAGAGAGGCAGAGAGGGGUAGAGAUAGAGAAGACGUCAUAGACAGAAGUAGAGGGAGAGCCGGAGCUCCAUAAGUACGGACAAAGGAGGAAGUCAGGAACACGUGCCGGAUUAGAGGAACCAUGCUGAGCAUUGAGAGGUACCCCGGUCUGGCCCCGGGGCCCCAGAGACUGGCUGACUGCUACUACAGAGGUGAGAGAGAGAGAGAGAGAGAGAGAGAGAGAGAGAGAGAGAGAGAGGCCAAAGGGAGAGAUUCCGAAUGGACCACGGCUGGGGCUGACCCCUGCUGUCUCUCCCCCACAGAGAAAGAGGCUCCGCCCCCACAGGGCCUGUUUCCUACCUCCUGUGACAUGGCAGCAAGAGCUCCGCCCCCGAGGGCCCUGGCCCCGCCUCCCGUACCCACGGAGACCGCCGGCAAGGAGCAGGUGAAGAUGGAGCUGGAGAACGCGUCACUAUGGAAACAGUUCAGCGCCGUCGGCACGGAGAUGAUCAUCACCAAGAAGGGCAGACGGAUGUUCCCGGGGCUGAGCGUGAAGCUGUCCGGUCUGAACCCCGCGCUGCGCUACAUCCUGCUGCUGGACAUCGUCCCCCUGGACAGCUCCCGCUACCGUUUCCAGGGCGACGCGUGGCAGACGGUGGGCGAGGCCGAGGCCCGGCUGCCCGACCGGGUGUUCAUCCACCCCGACUCUCCCGCCACCGGCGCCCACUGGCUGGGCCGUAGCGUCGCCUUCCACCGCGCCAAGCUGACCAAUCACACGCUGGACUCACAGGGACACAUCAUCCUCCACUCGCUCCACCGCUACCAGCCACGCCUCCACAUCAUGGAGGCGCGCGACAUGCUGCGCUGGGGCGGCGCCCAGCACUCCUUCACCUUCCCCGAGACCCAGUUCCUCACCGUCACCGCCUACCAGAACCCCAGGGUAACACACACAUGCACACGCACGCACACACAGACGCACGUCAGCAGUACUUACUCUCUGGUGUGUCUCCCAGACGGCUCCGAGCCCGGCGACGCCUCCAGGGACCUGCAGGGUCUGGUUCUGCCCCCGCUGCCCCCGCAGCAGGACUCCUCCUGUGGGUUCAGAGACGAGGACCCGGCCCAGGUCCCGGAGCAGCACCUGGACCUGGGCCACUCCUUCAUCACCUCUCACAUGGACCACAUGGCCGCCAGCCUGGCCAAUGAGAUGCAGGACACUGCAGGAAGUCACGUGUCGGACCAGAUGAUUGACAGGUCUGAAACCUCCUACGAGCCAGAGUUCCUGUCCGCUCCUCCUCCCCCCGCCUCAUCCUACACCUCUCUCCCGGACGGACCCGACGCCGCUCUCUCUGCUGGGGGGUACCCCUGCCUGCUGUCCUCCUACCCAGACCUCACCCCCCCGCCCUCCGCCACCUCCUCCCCCCUCCCCCUGCUCCCCACGUCCCCCCCGGCCUACCCCGCCCUGACGCCGCGCGACCCCCAGGGCUUCAGUCCCCACACCCCCCUCGACGCCCCCUACCCCCCCACCCAGGACCACGCCUCCCCCGCGGUCUUCAGCUACCCUCCACUAGAGGCCACGCCCCCCCACGACCCCACGGCUCCGCCUCUCUCGGGGGCGCUGGUCAACGCGCCGAGCGCUCCCACCUCGUUCCCCUUUCCCCCUCUGAACCAACCCCAGACCACCUCCUACAGCCCCGCCCCCCCUCUCAACCAGUCACAGCUCUCGUUAGCGUCCACCCCCACCCUUAACCAGACCCAGGCCCCUCCCUUCUUCCCUGCUCCAACUCUCAACCAAUCCCAGUUCUCCUACCCGCCUCUGAACCAAUCCCAGCUGUCCUCCUUCCCACUCAACCAAUCACAACUCUCCUACCCCCCGCUGAACCAAUCCCAGCUGUCCUUAGCCCAACUCCACCCCGGGUCCCCCUACCUGCCGGACAUGAUGCUGCACCACCCUGGCCUCUCCUCCGUCGCCCAGGGCCCCGGCCUCUACUCCUCCUUCCCCUCCUACCCGCUGCGGCUGUGUCCGGACCCCCGCUCCUCCACGCCCGUUCCCCUCAGGCACGUCUACAGGCAGCCCCCGCCCCCCCAGGGGUCCUACCGGGACAUGGGCCCCCGUGCCGCCUACUGAGCGUGUGCAGUUCGGAUCGCGGCGGGAGUCGAUCGUGUCGCCGUCGAUGAGUUAACUCUGGACGUUGGAUAGCGCUUUUAGAAGUUGUAGCUUCAGUAGAGUCGUAGUGGUACCGGCUGAAUGACGUCAUGAAUACAGGCUGUUCAUGUUAGGAAUAUGUUAGGAAUAUGUCAUGGAAACAGAGUGAUGAUGUCAUAAGGAGACUGACGUCAUGAACAGGCUGAAUGAAUACGUGUUGAU